AAACCAUUUCUUCAAUCAAUUUCAAGUUUUCAACCCCCUUCAUAUUCAAUUCAGAAUUAGGGUUUCUUCUUCACAUUCUUGUUUUCCCCUCGAGUCUUUCACAUCAUUAAAUCAAAGUGUUGAAACUCUGCUAAUCGACAACCUUUUUUCGAAAAUAGUAACAAUGGCGGAUGGCGUUUGGGGUCGACAAGGACCUUUGUAUUCUUCUCCUGGCAUGCUUAAGCGCCCUCGCAACGAAUAUGAUCUGCCUCCUUCAAGGAUAACUCCUGCGCUUGAUAUGCGUGAUUAUUUAGUACGAGAAGAUGACCGAGGAGGACCCAGGGUUGCAAAGGACUCACAAACACUAGGGUCAGCGUACGAUCGCUAUCUCCAAAGAACGGAAGUUCCGCCCUACAAUGCUGGAGAAGCUAGUACGUUUCCAGGAGGUUCACUGGGAAGGGGUAUUUCAGUGGGAGAACCGUCUUUAUUGGGCCGCCCUGGAUCUCUGGCCUUGGAAGCAGUGUCAAAUGGACGAGAUGUUGGAUAUGGUGGUCAGCUGAGAGCUGAUACAAUGGCCAGGCCUGUACGUGAAACAGUACCUCUUCCUUCCGAUGCUUCAAACACUCUAUAUGUCGAGGGGCUUCCUUCGAAUAGCAGUAAAAGGGAAGUAGCUCAUAUAUUUCGCCCUUUUGUGGGGUAUAAAGAAGUACGGCUAGUGACCAAGGAGUCCAAACAUCGUGGAGGAGAUCCUCUUGUCCUCUGUUUUGUGGAUUUUAUUGAUGCAGCCUGCGCUGCUACAGCUUUAAGCGCUUUGCAAGGUUACAAGAUGGAUGAAGAUGACCGCGAUUCCGCUUAUCUACGCAUACAGUUCUCUCGACACCCUGGUCCCCGAUCUGGUGGAUCUCGUGGGAGGCAUUAGGUACUGAGAUUGGGGGCAAGCGUGCUAUUCAGGCUUAUUUAUAACUAUUUGCUGAUCCAAUUUGGAGUUUUAUUUUGCCCCACUGUGUUAUGGGUCAAUGCCUUGCCAUAGAGGUCAUUGAACAUGCAGCAAGAGACGAGGAAAGAAGAUUUCGCAAUUCAGAUAUGGCAUCUCUGUUAAAAGUGGCUUAGAUCUUUUUAGCCUUUUAUUGUAGUUUCUGACAUCUGCCUAUGUGAUAUUUAGUUCUCGGCAGGUUUUUGUUAAAACCUGAAUGCUACCCAUCAAGUUUUAGUUUCACCCCCUACAUUAAUAGCUAUAACACAUUAGUUCAGCCGUCUCUGAGUUGAAGAUACUGUAUUAUUCCAUGGUUACCUGGCUAGUUUACUCAGUCGGAGAUGGCUAAUUCGCUAAUUCUUUAGCUGCGGACAUGGUUUUCAAAAUAAACAAAAUUUAAUGAUAUGACAUGAUCUGCGUUGCUUGCA